AUGAUGAACGAGAAGGCGCUGGAUCCCGAGCUGCGCGUGCUCGCCGAGGAGGAUUUCGCGGUCGCCCAGGGGACCGUAGAACGGCUUUCGGGCAGGAUACAGCAGGCGCUGGUUAGGCCGCAUCCGUUCGCGCAUCUUCCUGCGCUGGUCGAGAUACGGCCCGGCACUGGGGGCUCCGAGGCCGCGAUCUUCGCAAAUGAUCUCUACAGGAUGUAUAUGGCGUAUUGCACCAUCCGUGGGUGGGGCGUGCAGGUCGUGUCGCUGCAUGAGACGGAGGCGGGGGAUGGAUUGCUGGAGGGGAUCUUCGAGAUUACGGAGGAGCGGGCGUACGAAGAGAUGCGGCUCGAGGCGGGGGUGCACAGGGUGCAGAGGAUCCCCGCAACCGAGAAGCAGGGCCGGGUGCACACGUCGACGGCGACGGUGAUGGUGCUGCCGUCGUUCCCCACGUCGGAGCUGGCGGAAGGUGAGGAGGACCCCGACUCGGUCAUCGAUAUGAAGGAUGUGCGCGUGGACAUCAUGCGUGCGAGGGGCGCGGGCGGGCAGCACGUCAACACUACCGAUUCGGCGGUCAGGAUGACGCAUAUUCCCACUGGAACCGUGGCCGCGAUUCAAGACACCCGGAGUCAGCAUAAGAACCGCGAGAAGUGCUUGUCGGUCCUGAAGAGUAGGAUCGCGCAGAAGCGCAGGGAUCAGCGGGAGGCCGAGGAGCUGGCUCUGAGACGGGGUGCGGCGAAGGUUGGCGCCGGCAGGAGCGACAAGAUGCGCACGUACAACUACUCGCAGAAUAGAGUCACAGAUCACAGGGCGGGAUACAGUUUACAUGAUCUGCCGGGCUGCAUGAAGGGAGAGGAGCUGGGCAAGAUGAUUGAGGAAGUCAAGAAGUGGAGGAUGGGAGUGGACGUGGAGAUGCUGGCGGAUGCAUGA